GUGGUGCGUGCCGUGACAGUUGCUAGGGUAACCGAACAACAGUACAUUAUGCCGAAAAACGCGCAAGUUACCGUGAAAUACGGACCUUAUGAAUCGAGUGGAACAGUACAGCACAGGACGUUCCGCCUGCAGGGUCUGCUGGCCGCACUGAACGCGCGCGGCCAUCGUUGCGUGUUGGAGGAGUCUCACGAGCGGGACCAGGUGGACCUACUGGUGAACGGGCAGGUGGUCUACACAUGUGACAUACGGACACUGGAGUUUGGUGGAGAUGGCAAACUGGACCCUGUUUGUGAAGAAGCUGUUCUUGCUGUGGACAAUGCUUACUGAACUUUUCAACAAUAAAAAAAAUCUAAAACACAGAAAUAUCCAUGAACAAACAGUUUUAUUUUUCAUUUUCAUCAAACCAUAUAAUUGGCUACUUUGUACUAUACAUAAAUAUAAUAAAAGUAAUAAAUAUUUUGUGUUUAUUGCUGCAUAAAUUACCAGGUGUACCAGUGGUGAAAGAUUUAACUGCAUAGACAUUUUUUAUUUGAUAUAUUCUUAUACUUAAAGAAA